ACAUACGAAUGAAUCUUAGGACGGAAACAGGAGGCAACAUCGGGUGAUCGGUAGGUGGCAGAUGCCGUUGCGCGGAAACCUCAGAGGAUUUGUUUUGGUUUCCAUUAUUCAACAAUGUCAGCCAGAACUAUCAGGCUGCGUAAUAGAACGACAUCCGCUGUAGCAUUGUUUAUUCUAUCGACGCUGUCAUCGACAGUACGAAAGAGGCGGAACAGGGUGUAGCGCACAGGUGAGUCGAACUCAAAUGUUGUCGUUCAAAUGCCCUCUCUGCAGAGCUUACAUUUCCAUUUACACUCAAAUCUCCAGUAGCUGGUUUCGCCUAGUAGUGUGGUUUCGUCGUUGCAGCUAACGUUACUAACGUUUUCGGAGUGUGGGCGCUCUCGAUGGCCCGGUGGCGGGGUAGUAUGAAUGAUCGAACCUCUCGUAGUGAAACUACCAGUUCUAUUGCUGCUAAAGAUCCAUUCACUGGGCGGCGUGCUGGAAAAUAGUGCCAGAAGGAGUUAGUAAAAGUGACCGCAGCGCCGACACAGCUGACACUAAGCAAGCCCACAUUAACCCGGCAUUUGAAUGUGAUGAACACUCUACAGGCUAUUAUUAGCAUUUUUUUAGUAUCGUGUAGACCAUUAGAAGCAUUAUAGGUCAUAACGGGAGCCAACGUUGUCUAUAGGACUCAAUUCGGAUGCCGAUCACUGGAGCGGUGAGCAGCUUGAGUGACGACAAAUCGCUCUCGACCCACGUUUUACAUCAAAUUGUUGCCUAUAUGUGUGUAUGUGUAGAUUUUUCGUCAAUCUUCUAUCUGCCGUGUAUGGAAAGAGGGCCAAGGCUCGCUUAACGCCGUAUGAUAUGUGCCUAUGUGGUCGGGGAGCUGGGCUCAAAAGAACGAGCAGACAGCAGAGGCGUGGCAGCAAAAAAAAACAAGACAAGAGUUCGCGUUGUGGUUGUUAUUUAGCAGUUGUUGCGAUUGUCAGCAAACAGGACCAACAGCAGUAGCAGGUGAUUCCGCCGAUACGAGUGCAGAUCCGCUGUGCGCGGAAUCAUGGAAGGCGAUCUGCCAUUAUCUACGUUCACAAAUACAGCGCCGGAACUGUGGACCAUUAAUGAGGUCUGCGAUUGGCUUACAUCUAUUGGGGUUCCUGAUGUAGAAAGAAGCUUCAGGAAGCAUAAGAUCUCGGGUCAGGCUCUGCUACAGCUGCGAGAAGCGGAUCUUCGGUCACCCCCAAUGAGCCUGCCGUGUCUAGGCGAUAUUAAGAUACUUGCGCGACAUAUCAGGGAACUUAAAAGUACUUGCGCAUCGUGUCCCGUUUACUCCCCAGUAGAAGUCGCUCACAGGCAUACAUUGGGUUCAUAUCGGGCAAUUCGUAUGCGCCGUGGUGCGGAUCGUAUAAUAAUCGGUUUAUCAGACGAUUCUGACAACGAAUCAGAAGCCGGACAAGCCCGCAUUAUCAAUAAUGAAGAUGAGGAGGCCGACAGGAGUGAUCGCAGUGACACGACGUCGAUAUUCUCGUUUGAGAAUGAUGACGAAACGACACCUCUCAAUGAGAACUCCCGAAAGAGAUUUAAACCGGAGAUCUGGAAAACGGUCGUGGCGAUGGUGUAUUUUUUUGCGGUGACUGCGCUUACGUCAUUGAUCAUGGUUGUCGUUCACGAUCGGGUCCCUUCAAUGGAGACUUAUCCCCCAUUGCCCGAUAUUUUUCUCGAUAACGUACCCCACAUUCCAUGGGCGUUCGCCAUGUGCGAACUAGCCGGCGUUCUUUUGUUUGUUAUCUGGGUUGGUAUUCUUGUCUUCCAUCGGCACAGGUUUAUCCUGUUGCGACGCCAAUUUUCCCUAUUCGGAUCCGUAUUUCUGUUAAGAUGCGUGACGAUGCUCAUCACAUCACUGUCGGUGCCAGGGAAACAUCUAGAGUGUCGAGCCCGUCAGCCUGGGGACGUGUGGCAGAAACUUCAGCAGGCAUUUCAAAUUUGGCAGGGCGGUGGUAUGCUGAUUCAGGGCGUUCGCACGUGUGGUGACUAUAUGUUCUCUGGUCAUACUACAGUGCUCACUUUGCUCAAUUUCUUCGUGACCGAAUACUCGCCGCGAAGUUAUUACUAUCUGCACACGCUUUCGUGGGUGGUGAAUCUGUUUGGGAUUUUCUUCAUUCUCGCUGCCCACGAACAUUACUCGAUCGACGUGUUCGUUGCAUUCUACAUUUCCACAAGACUAUUUUUGUAUUAUCAUACGUUGGCAAACAAUCGCGCCCUAAUGCAAAUGGAUUCUAAGCGCACAAGAAUCUGGUUCCCGCUGUUCUAUUUCUUUGAGAGUGGCGUCGACGGCAUUGUCCCGAACGAGUUCGUCACUCCACGCUCGAUGGUUAGGUAUUUGCGGAUUAAGACAACGCGUCUGUACAAUCGCGUUGUGAGCAAACGCAUCCUUCUACUCGAACGACUGGACAGUGCUCGAAGCGGAGUUGAUGAGCGAGAAGUAAGUGGGGCCGGUGUUGAAGCUCGCGGGCAGACGCUCCACCGUCACGACACCACAACGAGACAGCGAAGAAACACCGUCGACCAUGCCACCAGUGGGGUUGCUACUUCCGAUACUUUUACAGCUGCCGUUGCUGGCGUUAGCCAGGCGGCUAUACCACUUUUGAGAAUACGUAGAAAGCGGAAACGAGCGGAAUCGGAAAAACCUGAAUAACCUUGAUACGCGAGAAUGGAGAGAUGUCGCGCUUCCUCUCCUCUACCUGAUACAAGGCUGCCUGCAAUGGGACGCAGGCAUCUUGACGAGAUGGAGUUUUUGCGAAUGGAACCUCGGGGCGUGAAUGAACUUGAAUACCUCAACCGAGAAAGGACUUUACAUGUGUGUAUACAUAAAUGAUGCUGGCGGUACUAGCAGUGAUGUGUUACGGAAACCGCGCUCACUCUACAAAAAAUUAACUGUCCUAUAUAUACACGAACUGGGCAAAUGCUUAAACUAAGUGUCAACUGUUAAAUACUUAAUGUCGAGUGUACACAAAUUCGUCUAGUAAUAUAACAAACAGUAGAUGAGGCAGUCACCGCAGAUACACAAACCAAUAGAAUAGGUAUACGGUAGUAUGUUAGCAAGCAGAAAAAUUUUGACCUGGGUUAUGCAGAACUAGAGUCUGGUGUUACCGAGAGCUGACCGAAACGAAGCAGAAAAAACCCCAUCGAAAAUGAUUCACCAAAGCGAACCAAGGGUUCGACAUCACUUAGCUAUUACCAGCCGUGGACAGCUCAUGCUGCAUAGUAGAAUGACUAACUCUACGAAAUCAGUAAAAGUAAUGUCUCAAAAAGUGCACACAUUUGUUUGGAAUGGCUGUUUAGUAGAUGACCCGAUUAAUUUUUUCUAUAUGUAUGCACGAGAACAGAACAAAUAGUAUUACGUAAAAGAUUCAUGACUGGCAGCUACUUUUUCUAGCUUUGGAAGUAUCACCCUAAUACCUCUGAAGACAAAAACAAGUAGAAAGCGUGGGUGCAACAACAAAAACGGUUUAAACCUCUAUCUGUUCUUCUGUCAAGUAGCAUUGUUAAAUGUGGAAAAUGCCAUUGUUGUUACUAGGCCGAAUAUUAAAGCUGGCGCUGCUGCUACGGCUCCGAUUAGUGCUAGUAUUACCGUUUUUAACCUGUUGUCUUGUAUACCUACGCAUGCUGCGUAUGGACGAAAGUGUUCUUGAAGGUGUAGUGUAAUAGGGAAGCUGUAGUUCUAAAGCGGACGUGUGAUGUAAACUGCGUGUGAGUGGCCAAAGAAACCAAGGCAUUCUUCAUCAUGAACUCACUUUGGACAAAACGGCGUCUCUCAGAACCAUUUGUAGCGACCCAGCCCUCAGAACAGAUAUAUGAAAGAACCUAUAAAAGCGAUCCGAGUCAGACAAACAUUUUCCAAAAGAAACAGUCGAUGUAGAAAUACCUAGGUACUUCUACCACAGCAAUGACCAGUGCUGCAUCAAUUACGUACCAAAUCUACAAGCCAAUCACAUAAGUGUUCGCAUCGAAAGUUAACGUUUAUAAAAAAAAAAAGGUGCGAUAUGGCUCGUCUAUUGUAAAGCAAAAAAUAUUGAACCAUAAACGCACUUUUACUUAUGACUGAGUUUAUUUAUGAUUACUUUCAAUUAGUAUUCUAGGCAUAUUUCAUGACAUACGUAAACAUAAACAAUUCCAUUAAACACGACGGCAUCGAAAUAUUAUAAGGUAGUAUAAUACGAACGCAAACAGUGCCUAUGGGCAAUGUGGAGCCGAUAUUAUUAUUAGUAUUAUUAUCUUAUAUUUUGGAGUGGUUAUUUAGAUGACCCGAACGAUUCUAUUUAUCAAAAUAUGUGAGUAUUCAAUGUAAUUAAUAAGUAACUUAUCAACUAUCAUUAAGAUUCGAUUAGCUGACCAAUCGAAGGCCAAACUGCUUCUCAAACGAGAUAGAAUAGAUUUUUAUAUAUUGCAUUCAUCUGUUUUAGGCAUGACAAUGAAGAAAAUGGUCGUCGCAUGCAAGAUCAGUUUAUUGAGCACCUGACCGCAGUUCCGGCCAUUAAUACAGUGAACAAGUUCCCCGAAAAAAAGAAAAAAAAAUAUAUUCCGAGAGAAUUUUUUUCUG